GAGGAGAAAGCCCACGAGCAGAGGAGCUGAGGCGGGCGCCACACUGCCCCGCGCCCGGCAGGCUCACUCGCUCCCGAGACGCGCGGGCGGCCGCCUGGGCGCACUAGCCGGGUCACCUUGUCCCGGAGGAGAAAUGGGUCCCAAGAGGCAAGCGUGACCUUCAAGUCCAGCCCACCAGCCUGACCUCAGUCGGGGAGGAAAGCACCAUGGAUGGCAUCAUUGAACAGAAGAGCGUGCUGGCACACAGUAAAAUUAGUGAUGCUGGCAAGAGGAACGGCUUAAUUAACACCAGAAACUUCAUGGCUGAGAGCAGAGAUGGCCUGGUGUCUGUGUACCCUGCACCCCAGUACCAGAGCCGCCGGGUGGUGGCUGGUGCUGCUCCAGCAACCCUGGACAGCAGCAGGAAUGAGCCAGUCCAGCAGCUGUUGGACCCCAACACCCUGCAGCAGUCAGUGGAGUCCCACUUCCGCCCUAAUAUCAUCCUCUACUCAGAGGGUGUGCUACGCUCCUGGGGGGACAGCGUGGCUGCUGACUGCUGUGAGACCACCUUCAUCGAGGACCGGUCACCCACCAAAGAGAGCCUGGAGUACCCAGAUGGGAAGUUCAUUGACCUCUCAGCUGACGACAUCAAAAUCCACACCCUCUCCUAUGAUGUGGAGGAAGAGGAGGAGUUCCAGGAGCUGGAGAGCGAUUACUCCAGCGACACAGAGAGCGAGGACAACUUCCUCAUGAUGCCCCCACGGGACCACCUGGGCCUCAGUGUCUUCUCCAUGCUCUGCUGCUUCUGGCCUCUGGGCAUCGCGGCCUUCUACUUGUCCCAUGAGACAAACAAAGCCGUGGCCAAGGGGGACUUCCACCAGGCCAGCACCAGCUCCCGGCGGGCCCUAUUCCUGGCUGUGCUCUCCAUCACCAUUGGAACUGGCAUCUAUGUGGGUGUGGCCGUGGCCCUCAUUGCCUACCUCUCCAAGAACAACCACCUAUGAGCUCCAUCCAGGCGCAUAGCUGAAGAACUGGGGACACUUGUGUGCAGACAGAGAAGGCAGGGCUGGCAAGGGGUGGACACACAGGGAGACACACCUAUAUGAUGCUGUACAAUAUAAGUUAUUGCUGAACCACUCCAUAAAGCCCUGGAAUUUUCUCCCCUUGAAUUUCUUUUGUUUUUACCCUUUAGUUUCAUUUUCACAGCAUUGUGUAGAGCAAGAGACAUUUGGGCACUGUGAACCCUUCCAAGUGGAAUUUCCAAAGAUCUGGAUGGGUUCUGCUGGAUCAAUGACAAUGCUUGUCUCUACAGCCCACCCGUGCCUGGAAGGCCAUCACAUUAGCAAUAUACAAACUAACAAAUGUGGCUUUUAUGGAAUAUGGUGCAAUAGGCAGAGGGCAGAGGACGUGUCACUCUCCUGUCUGUGGCCCUGCAUCUCCCAGCCCACCACCUUCCCUGCAGGAAGAAAAUGGGACUGAGCAGAGAGACAGACACAACUGCUGGUAGGAUCACUAGCUGCCACUGAUCUCCCCCAGCCCUGUGAACACAAACCCAGAGUUGUGUGGGAAACAUGCACGGUUUAUGUUUCAUUUCCUCCACGCUGUCCCCAGCCUAAGAACGUUGAGGCUCCUGCAGAAUGUGCCAAGCUCAGCAGCCACUGUGCAGAAAUAUGCAAUUUUGGGGCCUUGUGAUCUAGGGCAAGAAGGGGGCAGGCCAGGAACCCCUCCUCCCCCUGACCAAGACGCCUCCCAGAAGGACCCCUGGCUUUGCCCCAAACAUUCUCAUGGCGGGGCUGGGUGGCCACCUUGGCACAGACACAAGGGGAUGCUUCCAGGCGCCUAUGCUGACACUCACCUUGGUGAUAAGAAAUGACACUAGUGAUCUUAAAAAGGAGAUGAACUUUCUCUGUCGACUAAAUCAAUAGCUAUUUUCUUGUCAUUUUUUAAGUGCAGCUAUUGCUUCAUGCUACUUAAGUUAUCAGAUGAAUGCUGAGAAAUAAGUAAUCACAGACAUUUUAUUACCAUUUCAUUGAUGUUUGAAGAGUGUUCAU